AUGUGGAAACUGAAGAUCGCAGAGGGAGGGAGUCGAUGGCUGCGUACGACAAACGAUCACGUUGGCCGACAAUUUUGGGAGUUUGAUCCUACGCUGGGGUCCCCUGAGGAACUGGCUGAUAUCGAGAAAGCUCGACAGACAUUUCAUGAAAACCGGUUCAAGAAAAAACACAGCUCAGAUCUGCUUAUGCGCAUUCAGUUUGCAAAGGAGAACUCAGAGUCCUCUGUAUUCCCACCAAAAGUCCACAUAAAAAACGAUGAAGAUAUUACGGAGGAUAAAGUAACAAAUGUAUUAAGAAGAGCCGUUGGUUUCCAUUCAACCCUCCAGGCAGACGAUGGACAUUGGCCAGGAGACAUAGGGGGCCCUAUGUUUUUAUUGCCUGGUUUGGUCAUUACCCUAACAAUUACAGGGGAAUUGAAUGCAGUCUUAUCCAAAGAACAUAAACAGGAGAUCUGCCGCUACAUUUACAAUCAUCAGAAUAGAGAUGGUGGAUGGGGUCUACACAUCGAGGGUCAUAGCACCAUGUUUGGUAGUGCCUUGAACUAUGUCACUUUGAGAUUGCUGGGUGAAGGAGCUAAUGAUGGAGAAGGGGCGGAAGUGGAUUUUGGAUCACGGUGGUGCCACUUCAAUAACAUCUUGGGGAAAGUUUUGGCUUUCAGUACUUGGGGUAUUUGA